GUGACUUUUCAGCGCGCGCUAAUCAACAUUUUAAGAAAUAUUUCGGUGAAAAGUUUUGUGUUGUGCAGUGUUUCAUCAAUGAUAAACAUUUAAAGUGCAAUAAACAAUAAAAAAAAAUGGAGGAGAAUCUAUCAAACGGAAAAACUGAACUUAUGUGCAAAGUAUGCGGCGACAAAGCGUCGGGAAAACACUACGGCGUUUCCAGUUGCGACGGAUGUCGAGGAUUCUUCAAACGAAGCAUUCGAAGAAAUUUGGAAUACGUCUGUAAAGAAAAUGGCCGCUGUAUUGUCGACGUCACACGCCGAAAUCAAUGUCAAGCGUGCAGAUUCCGCAAGUGUCUUCAGGUCAACAUGAAACGCGAUGCUGUUCAACACGAGAGGGCGCCGCGCACCACCGCACAAGCGUCGAUGCAUCACUAUCCGCUGUCGUUCGCACCGCGGCUACGUGGAUUGCAGUCGUCGACGUUCUUCACGGGACUGCAAGGACUUCCAUUGCAUUUACAUGCGCCAGCUGCGUCUAUACUGGAUCCUGCCAUGCAUAGCAAUUAUAUUCAACAAGGAUUAUUGUAUCCUAAUAUGUUGCAAGGCACUUUUGCUAAGCCAAUGUUUAAUAAUUCGAUAUAUUCCAAGCCUCUUUUCACAUCCCCUUCAGCCCUGAGUCAUCAACAAAUACUGAAAGAAGAUGAAGUUACCAGUAGUGAAGAAGCAAGUACUAAAACAGAGGAACCCAUUGAAGUGGUAUCACCCGUAGAUAAUAAACGGUUAGAAUUACCGAUUAUGAAUAAUGAGCCACCGCAAAGUGUCCGAAGGGUGGAGAUGCCACACGUGGGACAUGUUCUAUUCCCUACUGAAAAUAUCUACGAAUCCGCCGCGAAAUUAUUGUUUUUGAGUAUUAAAUGGGCACGGAGUAUUCCUUCGUUUUUGCAAUUGUCUUACCGCGAUCAGUCUGUGCUUCUAGAGGAGAGUUGGAAUGAGUUGUUUAUUUUAACGGCAGCACAGUGGGCAUUACCAAUUGAUGAAAAUCUGUUGGUCACUAAUGCAAUAGCUCCGAGUAAUCGCCAAGUAGGUUUGGAAGAAGACGCGAGGAAACUUCGCGAUGUUAUCAAUCGAUUAACACUAUUAAGAGUAGAUCAUACGGAACACGCUUGUUUAAAGGCUUUAGUGUUAUUCAAAGCAGAAUGUCGUGGAUUAUGUGAAACAAACCACGUGGAGAUGCUCCAGGAUCAGACACAUGUAAUGCUCGCUGAAUACUGCACACAACGUCAGGGUACGCACAAAGGUCGUUUUGGUAAACUAUUACUUGCUUUACCUGCUGUUCAGAGUGUAACAAAACGUGGACUUGAAGAAUUACUUUUCAAACAAACCGUAGGUGAUGUUGCAAUUGAUAGAUUGUUAGGAGACUUAGCAAAAGCAACACAACCGACUUAAACUUAAGUCAUCUUGAUGUGAAAUACGCGUAAAUCAAAAGUACUGACUGUCAAUAAAUAGCACAAUACCAGAUUGUGUUUGAUGUACUAGUACUAGAAGAUAUUAUAUUAUUACUAAUAGUAUGGAUGUUUGUUGUCACACAUUAAAAAGAAGAUUUAUUGGGGAAUGGUACCAGAGAGGGAUAAAAAGAGAGCUGACCUUGCAAACUGGGACUGGACUGCUGGACGACUCAGACACGACUGAACUCAAAUCGCACUAAGUGCGCGCCUUUUAUACCUGCGGUUGACCCACAAAAAGUGGUGGGGGAAGAGGAGUUCCGACGCGAGCAUCAACGCACCGCUCAGUAACUUCCCCCACCACUUUUUGCGGAUACUCCACGCACAGACUCGCCACUGCGCAUCACCGGCCUCCCCCACUCCUUCCUUUCACCCCACCACGUUCAACCUCAAGCACCGCAGGUAUAAAAGGGCGUCGCGCAAGGACACUCGUGCUCAGUAGUGCCUGAGUCUUCCAGCAGUCCAGUCACAGCUCUCUAGGGUCCUCUCCCCUCCCCUCACUCAUUCUACGGUUGUUCAUCAUAGCUCGGGUCCUCUCUAAAUUAAACUCAAACAAAGUCCGCGGCAAUUCUAUACAAUAUACCUAAUCUCACUCAUCG